AUGGCAGAGGAGCAGAAGCCUUCCACAACCACAGUCAGCUCAGUUGCUGUGCAGGCUGGGGAUGCCAGCAUUGUCAUAGCUGUGCUCAAGUGUGGAAAGUGGGUGAAGCUUCAGCUAGCUGAAUCAACACCGAAUAUACUAGAAAUUGGCAGCAAUCAAGAUGAGACUAAAAAACUACUUCAAGAUCAUGAAUUCCUCCUAUCCAAGCUGAAGGCUUUGGAAGACAAGGUGUGGGACCUGCUGCAAGAAGCAGACAAGGUUGCAGAAGAGAACAAAGAGAAGAGCCUGGUUUAUGAUGCCAUGGCACACACCCUUGGGGAUGCAUGGGAUGCCCUCAUCCUUAUGUUAGAGAAGCGACAGGCACUUCUGGAACUUACUUCAGUGUUCUUUGAAAAUGCUCUGGAGUUUGCUGUUAAAAUUGACCAAGUUGAAGAUUUCCUGAAAAAUGCUCAAGAGUUUGACAAUAUUGACUCUUUGAGAGAACUUCUUCUGCAACAAGAGCAUCACACAAAAGAACUUUUGGAGAAGUCACUUGCUCUUCUAAACAAAAGCCAAGACCUAACUCAAUUCAUAGAAGAAUUCAAAAGUGAGGGGCCAAAUGCAAAUGCAGAGCUGAUUCAAGGAGCCCAGAGCAGCUGCUUGAAGAUUGACAAUCUCCUGGAGAUGCUCCAGGACAGGAGGCGGCAGCUGGACAAAUUCCUUAGACAUCAACGCCAAGGGCUGGAGCAGCUUCUGCAGAUUUGUUUGUGGCACCAGCAAGAAAACCAGGUAACAUCCUGGUAUAAGAAAAACAUCAGAAGUUACUUUCAGAAGCAAAACUUAGGCUCAUCACUAUUGGAAAAUGAAGAGUUACUUCAGGAACUUGAAGAAAUGGAAGUCAAAGUGAAAGAAUGGAAUUAUACAGUGGACCAAUUGGAAGGUGAAGCAUUUAGGAUCUUGCUUUCAGAGGACUAUACAGAAAAAGAACAUCUAAAACUUUCAAAUCAGAAAAUCUGCCAGUUGCAAGAAGAAGUGUGCUUCCAUAUGGAAGAGAGGAAAGCCCUGCUGCAAGAGGCCAAUGACUUUUUUCAUGCUGCUGGCAAGGUACUUGAUGGUCUUGAAAGUAUUGAGAAUUACCAAAAAAUGUCUAUUUCAGAAGGCUUAAAUUUACCUAUAUUGACACUGAAGUACAAGGAAUUGCAGGAAGCAAUUAAAGGUUGUACAGCAACUACCAUGCAAAAGGGACGAACUUUAGUUAAUAAAGCAGAUUCUCACAGCUCUUGGGUGGCAGGAAUUCAGAAAAUGAUGGAAUAUGUUCAAAAAAAAGUAGAUCAAUUAAUCAGCCAGUGUCCAGAUUAUGGAGAAUUUACUUUGAAGAAACAACAAUGGAUUGCCUCACUUGAAGAUCAUCUUGAUAAGGUGUCACAAUCAAUUAAGAAUCUCGGCCCGCUGCUCGCAGUUGGAAUGGAGAUUGGCUCGUAUUUGUGUGAGUCACAGAGAAUUUUGAGCAAGCACCUUGAACUGGCUAAACAAACAAAGGAAACUUCUUGUGAACUGAAAGCAGCUGAGGGAAUCAUCAAAAAUAUGGAAGAGUUGGAACCUGAGCAGGUGGCAGCUUUUUCUAGCAGAGCUGACUUUCUGAAUAAAGAACUGAAAAAAAUUGAAAAAAACAUUAGUUCAAAGCUAGAAAUUCUAGAAACUUAUGUGUCCUUUUUACAGUCAGCUGUAGAGGUGAAUGAUGAUAUUAAUAAUCUGAAGGAAUUCUAUAAUUCAAAACCCCUACCAACAAACAGAGAGACUGAAAAUAAAAUUGCAAUAGAGUCAGCUAAUACUCAGUGGCAAAAGACUAUAAAGAAGACUUUUUCCACCGAAAAUAUGGGUUGCUAUUUCCUUAAUUUAGUGAAUGUGGUAAAUCAGCGUUUAAUAUUAGAAGUAGAAAAAUCGAUAAAAGUAACAGAAGAUAUCAUUAAUAAUCUGAAUAAAGAAAGGAAAGAGCUGACUGAUCUUUGGGCAAUCUGGAAUUUUAAAAUCACUCAAGUAAAACCCAUCAAGCAACAGUGCCAGAUAUUUAAAGAACAACUAAAAAUCACUACCCAUGGAUUAGAGAUUCUUCAAGAGGCCCUCCAGCUUGCAGUACCAGUUGACCUUGGAAGUGACCUUUUAAUUGUUUUGGAACUACAGAAAAAACUGAACCAAAUGAAACCACACUAUGAGCAACUAAAUGCUGAGCUUGAGUACCUGAUAAAACUAUUGGAAUUGCCAAGCCUGAAAGGAUUUCCUGUGAAAGAGAAUUCUGAGAGAAUAAGUGAGCUUAUUCAUUUCCAUCAAACAGUCAAGGAUGCAAUAAUAGAAUAUGAUGAGAUUUUCAGCAAGACAGUCAAAUUCCAUCACAUUAAAAAAGAACUGGAAUGUCUAUCAACAUCAGGAGAACUGGAUAUUCCUGAAACAUGUGGGGACCCUGAAAAUGUGCACCAGGCUAAAACCUACCUUGUGAAUUCUCAGGAGAAACAUGCACAUAUUAGACAGCUGUAUACUCUACUUAUUACCCAGGGAGUGGACAUCUUGUCUGCAGUGCAGCAACCUAAUUGCUUGAAUGUUUCUGUAAAGAAUCUGAAGCAAGAACUUGCUAGAUUUGAGUGUGAUAGCAUCAACUGGAGCUCCAGAGCUGAAAAGUAUGAGGAAGAGCUGUCACAGUAUUUCCAACACUGCACCACUCAAGAGGAUAUAAAUGAGCUCAGAGAAUCAUUUAAGGAUCUCAAAAAGAAAUUCAACAAUUUGAAGUUUAACUAUAUGAAGAAAACUGAAAAAGCUCGAAAUAUGAAAGUACUUAAAAUACAGAUUCAGCAAGUUGAUACAUAUGCAGAGAAGCUACAGAUUCUUAAAAAGAAGAUGGAUAAUUUAGAGAAGAAAGUCAUUGGCCCUUUUGCAAAUGAACCUAAUGCUAAAGUUCAAGUUCUCUUGGGCUCAAUCAGUGACUUACAAAAACAGCUGAAUGACUUUAACGUGGUUGUGGAAGAUUACAAGCAAAAUCUGGAUCUCAUGGAGCAUCUGCAACAGAUGAUGAAAGAGUGUCAAUUUUGGUUUGAAGAUGUGAGUGCAACAGUGAUUAGAGUUGGCAACUACUCUGCAGAAUGCAAAACAAGAGAAGCAAUAGAGACUCUCCAUAAGCAAUUCAAUAAAUUUAUUGAACCUGCAGUGCCUCAGCAAGAAGAAAAAAUCCAGCAGAUUAUGGACCUUGCUAGACAGUUAUAUGGUAUUGAAGAAGGAAAGAAGUAUGUUGAAAAAAUUGUAUUAAAGUAUGAAGAAAUCAUGAACUCUGUUGAUGGGUUGUGUAGAUCUCUGAGAGAACUUAAGGAGAUAAAGAAAGUUGAAUUUUCUGAAGAACUGAUUACUUUUAAAAGAGAAGAAAGAAAUGGUCAAGAAGCAUGUGAGCCUGUUAAAGAAAUGGAGAAAAAGCAGCAGUUCGAGGAGAGGAAUACAGCUGAUAUUUCAGUUAUCUGUCCAGCUGGUGAGGAUCUUGUUUCACAGGAUACAGAGCAGUCCUCUUCAGCCAAAGAGGAUAGUUUACAGAGUGAAUUCCUGGCAGAAGAAACGCCCUCCGGAGAUGAAUAUGAGUGUAUAUCACCUGAUGAUAUGUCUUUGCCACCGCUUUCUGAGACACCAGAAUCCAACCUCCUGCAUUCUGAAACAGAGCUAGAAGAGCAGUGCUGUUGUAGUUCUCAUAGUCUGCAUGUCAGUUCCUAUAGCUUGCAAAUGCAGAAAAGCACUAGAAUGGUACAACUGAUGGAAGCAUCUGACCUCUUAACAAAUUCUGCUUCUGCUGAUGCUACAAAUAAUAGAAUGGAAAGCCCAUCAGAUCACUUUGAGAAGUUUUCUAUCUCUUUAACAGGUCCUGGUCCAAAAGUCAGAGCAGUAUCUCCUUUGACUUGUAACUCGCAAGAAAUAUCUGAAACUAGCACAGCUUCCUGCCCUUUAAAAGCCAAAGCAGUACACAGCAUGAUGAGUGAAAUGUGCAAAACACAUUUACAACACCUUGAACUUCAUACAAGCAUGGCAGAAAUGCAAGAAAAGUUGCAUGCCUUGAAUAACUGCACUAAACCCCAGGACAGGCUGCAUGCUUUGCCUGAUGCAUUCUCAGGUUUCGUGUUUCAAUCAGACGCCACCAGAAGCUGUCAGAGGCAGAUGGUUACCCAAGAAGAGAUUAAAAGUUCUUCAGAAAAGAACAGCAUGACCAGCCUAACUGGACAGGCGCCUAACUUCUCCCAGCUUCUGUCUAACAAAACCGUCCUGGAAGGGUCUCCAGUAACUUUGGAAGUAGAAGUAACGGGAUUCCCAGAGCCUACACUGACAUGGUACAAGAAGGGCCAGAAACUGACUGCAGAUGAGCACUUAAAGCUUUUGCAAAAGGAGACCAAGCAUACUUUGUUCAUUCAGAAGGUGUGUGAUAAAGAUGCUGGCCUCUAUGUUGUUCGGGCUAAAAAUUUGAACGGCACUAUCUCCUCAAGUGCCAUUCUUCACGUGCAAGUACAAGGAAAACAGCCAAACUUCAUACAAAAGUUUGGACAUAGAACUCUGCAAGAAGGAGAAGAUUUAAUCCUGCAUUGUAUUAUACAUGGGAAGCCCAAACCACAUGUCUACUGGACAAAGGAUGAUAUCCAAGUGGUAUCUGGAGAUAUCAGUAUUGAGAAAUUAGGAGAUACCUAUUACCUUUUAAAAAGAAACGUAGUCCUUGCUGAUACUGGGAAAUAUAUCUGUGUUGCCAGCAAUGAAAUUGGAAAGGCACACUGCUCUGCUUUCGUGACAGUGAUAGGGAAAAACAAACCCCUCAAAACUUCCAGUGUAGCUCAGGCUAAACCAGAAUGUGAAGAUGGAUACUUCUCAGAAGAGAUGAAUGUCACCACAACAGAGCUAGUACAAGCCCAGGACACACCGUGGGAGAGAGAAAGGCCAGAGGCUAAAUGUACUCCAGUAAGGUUUAAAGAGAAACUCUGGUUUCAAGGAGUGCAUCUUGAACCUGAGAGGCCAUAAGAGAUGAACUUCAAUUUGAGACAUGAUCCCAUUCUUCUGCCUGAUGCAGUGGAACAGAACUGAACUGCAAGAUGCCGAUUCCUGAGCAUGUUUGUGUUGUUUGCUGUGUCCAUUAGUAGACAUUGGCCGUGGGUGAGGAGCAGAUGA